GAUCUCGCGGGAAAGAGUCGUUGCCUGUCCCGGCGUUGUUUGGAGGUGGGGGGUAGUGGAGGCGGGAGUGAAGUCUCGCGAGAAGAGGCUGUAGCCGUAGCGGAGCUGUGUGGUUGUGUGUGUCUGAGGAUCCGCCACUGGAACUGCGGACGGUUUGCUAAGCCCGUUAGUGCCCUGGGCCGAGACUCACCCCACGCCGUCAUGUCCCGCUACCUGCGACCCCCUAACACGUCUCUGUUCGUCCGGAACGUGGCAGAUGACACCAGGUCUGAAGAUUUACGACGUGAAUUUGGUCGUUAUGGUCCUAUAGUUGAUGUGUAUGUUCCACUUGAUUUCUACACACGCCGUCCAAGAGGAUUUGCUUAUGUUCAAUUUGAGGAUGUUCGUGAUGCUGAAGAUGCUUUGCAUAAUUUGGACAGAAAAUGGAUUUGUGGACGUCAGAUUGAAAUACAGUUUGCACAGGGAGAUCGGAAGACACCAAAUCAGAUGAAAGCCAAGGAAGGAAGAAAUGUGUACAGUUCUUCACGCUAUGAUGAUUAUGAUAGGUACAGACGUUCUAGAAGCCGAAGUUAUGAAAGGAGGAGAUCAAGAAGUCGAUCUUUUGAUUACAACUAUAGAAGAUCCUAUAGUCCUAGAAACAGUAGACCGACUGGAAGACCACGGCGUAGCAGAAGCCAUUCCGACAAUGAUAGAUUCAAACACCGAAAUCGAUCUUUUUCAAGAUCUAAAUCCAAUUCAAGAUCACGGUCCAAGUCCCAGCCCAAGAAAGAAAUGAAGGCUAAAUCACGUUCUAGGUCUGCAUCUCACACCAAAACUAGAGGCACCUCUAAAACAGAUUCCAAAACACAUUAUAAGUCUGGCUCAAGAUAUGAAAAGGAAUCAAGGAAAAAAGAACCACCUAGAUCCAAAUCUCAGUCAAGAUCACAGUCUAGGUCUAGGUCAAAAUCUAGAUCAAGGUCUUGGACUAGUCCUAAGUCCAGUGGCCACUGAUAGUUCAAACCAUGAUAAUUUUUAGGCAUGUAUCAUUCAUUUACUCAUAGUUUGGUUUACUUAAAUUAUCAGGAAUACAAUGUUGCAAUGAUGCUUAAAAAACACUUGUUAGUUUUCCCUGUACCAGGCAAUGGUUAUAAUUAAAAUAUGCUGUUGAGAAGCCACUCUUAAGAGUCCAGUUUGUUUAAUGUUAUGGGCAGCUACCAAUUUGUGGUGUCUCUGUAUAUUUUUGUAAAGAUUCUCAUUUUUUAUGCUUGAAGUAUUUGGUGAAAAGAUGUUGGUUGACCAUAAUUUGCAACAUUGUCUUAUUAAAAAUAAACUUUCAUAUUCAUAUUUGGUAGAACUGUUAACCUAGAAAUGUAGCUUGCUAAUAAGGUAGAAUGAUACAAAAGCGAAGUUGUAGCCACAGUACAACACUGACUGCUCAGACACAUUUAGGUUCAGGGUGGACCUUUAUGUCUUUGCAAGAUGUUUAGGCCCCUGGUAAUAGUUUAUUUAUGAUGCAGUACGGAAUAGUUCUUUUGUUAACCCUUCUAUCUUGGGGAAUGAUGCCAACUGGGUUGCGUUAGUCAGGGAGAUUGAGUUUUUGACUGAAACAUGGAGCCUUCACUGCUUUUUUUUCUGGUUUCUAUGAAAAUUUAGAACAUACAAUACAUUGGAAAAACUCACCUUAAAAUUUGAGCAGGUCAAUGAUGGCAGGAAUAAUUUUAAGGGGAAAAGGAUAAUCUUAUGUAGUUACGCUAAAAUUUAAGGAAUAUUGUUGAUCAUACUGUUGAUUAGUUUUCUUACUGCUAUUAGAAGCAAGUAAAUUGUUUUGUAGUAGGUUGUGUGUGUGUGUGUGUGUGUGUGCGCGCGCACAUAGUGUAAAAGAAAUGAAUUUUGAUGCUUAUAGCACUUGGCGUGUGCAUUUGUAUCAAAAUUUGCCUGCUGCUUUGUGAGGGAGGCUUGCUCUUCACAUCUCAGUUUAUUUACUAUGAGGCAAGUUGAAAGACAGCAUUCUCAUUCUAGGUGAUUCUGUGGUGCCAUGAAGUUUAAAGUAGUUUUGCAAAAAGGAUUAGUCCAUUUUAAAAAAGUCACAUCUCUGAGUUUUUUAUUAUUAAUGUGUAGUACCCAGCUAAAAAUGAAGAAGUAAUACCCUUCCCGUUUAUAAUUUCUAGUAUUUCUCUGAAAGAUCAUUUUGGAGGCAAAAGUGACUUGACAUGUCCCAUCUCAUUUCAGAAUAAAAAGGUAGCAUCUUUAAAGAUCUCAGAUUGCUUAUUUGCAGACAUAAGUGAGAAUUAUUGGGGGAAAUGAUUUCCUUUUAGAGGAUUACUUUUUUCAAUUUUGUUUUCAGUAAUCUAGGCUUUGCCUGUAAAGAACAAAAAGAUGGUUUUUAAAUACUAUUUGUGGAAUGUGUUUAAAGGAUUGAUUCUAGAACCUUUGUAUAUUUGAUAGUAUUUCUAACUUUUCAUUUCUUUACUGUUUGCAGUUAAUGUUCAUGUUCUGCUAUGCAAUCAUUUAUAUGCACGUUUCUUUAAUUUUUUUAGAUUUUCCUGGAUGUAUAGUUUAAACAACAAAAAGUCUAUUUAAAACUGUAGCAGUAGUUUGCAGUUCUAGCAAGGAGGAAAGUUGUGGGGUUAAACUUUGUAUUUUCUUUCUUAUAGAAGCUUCUAAAAAGGUAUUUUUAUAUGUUCUUUUUAACAAAUAUUGUGUACAACCUUUAAAACAUCAAUGUUUGGAUCAAAACAAGACCCAGCUUAUUUUCUGCUUGCUGUAAAUUAAGCAAACAUGCUAUAAUAAAAACAAAAUGAAGGAAAUAA